AUGAGACUCGUCCUUUCCACUGCCCUGCUAUCCAUCGCAGGAUUUGCCAUUGCUGAGGAAGCCAUUGUCGGUGGAUCCGUAGCCGCAAAAGGACAAUUCCCCUACCAAGUUUCCGUUCAAACCAGCGCCCAUAAAUGCGGUGGAUCUAUCAUCGAUAAAGAUCAUAUCCUAACUGCCGCUCAUUGCGUGGAUGGGCUAACCGCAGAUCGCCUGAGGAUUCGGGCGGGUUCAAACCAGCACAGCUCGGGUGGGAAGCUGGUCGAGGUGGCUAGUGUCACGCAACACUCGGAGUACGACGCGAAAACAAUCAAGAAUGACAUCGCUGUCCUCAAGUUGGCCUCGAGCCUAGACUUUGGGUCUACCAUCUCGGCCGUGGAACUUCCAUCCUCGUCGGACGAUACGCCGCAGGUGGGAACUAGGUGCUCUGUCACUGGCUGGGGGAGUACCUCCCAUGGAGGCUCUUCUAUUCCCUCAAACCUCUUAGUCGCGUACGUCGACAUUGUUGACCACGAGAAAUGCGCGAAGGAAUAUGCGGAUCGCCAUGAAGUUGAUGACUCCAUGAUCUGUGCUGGUGCCAAAUUUGGAGGAAAGGAUGCUUGCCAGGGAGACAGCGGUGGUCCACUUGUUGAUGUUAGCUCCAAGAAGCAGGUAGGAAUUGUUUCGUGGGGCUUUGGAUGUGGGAAACACGACCGACAAGGUGUUUAUGCGAGCACCGCAGCUUAUCUUGAUUGGAUUCAGGGGGCCGUUCUAGAUGUCUAG